AUGCCUAAUCAAUCUCCCCUUCUAUUGCUUGCACCUACUGGAGUAGCAACAUUCAACAUAGGAGCAUCGACUAUUCAUUCCAAGUUGAGAAUUCCAAUACAAGAUUUUUCUCAAUUAGAAGGAACAAGGCUAACAACUUUCCAAGAAGAACUAUCAUAUGUGAAGUAUAUAUUGAUUGAUGAAAUGAGCUUCAUUGGAGAGAAGUUACUUGAGAGCAUCGACUCCCAUCUUCGUCAAGCAUUCCCACAAAAUUCUGAUCUAACAUUUGCAGGUGUUUCCAUCAUUUUAGUUGGAGACCUGGGUCAACUGCCUCUUGUCAAAGACAAACCAACAUAUGAGAGCAGUAGACGAGCAAAGAUUCUAUGGAAAAAAAUAUAUUCUCUCAAACAACCUAUUGCACGUAGCAUUGCAAAAAAACAUGGAACUGUUAAUGCGACUAAAGGAAGUUCUCAUGAUGAGCUCGAUAUGGAGUUAUUGAUUAGCAAAAAUGCAAGAGUUAUGCUAACUUCUAAUCUAUGGAUUGAAGCAGGUCUUGUAAAUGGAGCAUUAGGUUAUAUUCAAAAGAUUGUAUACAAACCUGGAAGUAUGCCACCAGAACCACCAACAUAUGUAAUGGUUAAGUUUGAUAACUACUCUAUAUUUUUGUUCGAUGAUCGCAAUCCAGAAACAGUUUCCAUCAGUAUAAGACAAAGAGGUUCUACAGUUCAAAUACCAUUGAGACUGGCUUGGGCAUUAACAAUACACAAGUCGCAAGGUUUGACGCUUGCAAAAGCCACAAUUGAUAUAGGACCAACUGAAAGAACAGGAAUGACAUUUGUAGCUAUAUCUCAUAGAGUAAGAUAUAUAUAUGAUAUAUCGGUCGAUUUCGGGCCUCUGCCGCUGAAGUUGUAUAGACGAUCUCCAGUGAAUGGAGAACAGUGA